UGUGAACAGGAAGUCACGUGAUAUAUUCAGUAGAACGUCAUCAACUUCUCCCAUGAGAGGACGGUGAAUUGAGCAAUGUUAAAGGCAUCCGACGCUAUCGUUAUUGACGAGAAUUUUGGUCCCCAGGAGGAAGAAGAAAAAGAAAACAUGCCAGCCUUACAUAAGGACAACAGCACCAGUAGUAGGAAGUGUAUUAUAUCUCUCGGCCCUGGGCCUCUGUGGUGGUCCGAUGUGCCCCACGUCGCUCUAGAAUGCCGGACAGAUUUGGCAGAGGGCAACGACGUGGGGGUUACAAAAGUGCCCCCUGUCAGUGUGAAUAAUUUUCUGAAUGAUUUCAACAAUUCAGCUCGCAAGAAUGCCGCGCCGGCGUCUUCAAGUCUGACUUUCAAGAUAUCACCUGUGGCCGGACUGGUGGUUUCCUGGGAGACAACUCUAGUGAAAGAUUCUCUUUACGUGGAGUUGCCUGCUGGGAUAUUACCUGAAGGAUCUAAAGAAAGCUUGGUGACACUUUUGGAAUACGCAGAAGAAAAACUCAAAUGUAAACAUGUGGUCCUAUGCUUCAACAAGAACAGGACAGACCGUGUUUCUCUAUUGAGGGUUUUUAACUUCUUUGGAUUUCAAAUUUUGCCACCGGCCCACCCACUUGUGGUCAGCCCAUCGCAAGACCUUCUCUUCAUGGCCUACACCAUUGAGAAAGACUCGGAGUCAGAGAGUGAAUCUAGUGACGAUGACGAGGCUGAGGGGGGCAGACGUAGGCUGUCCUCCAGCGAGGGGAGUGAGGAGGGGAGCUGCAGUGAAGGCUAGGCCUGCCACUCAAGUCAUACAGGAAAUUAUUACACAUUCGCCAGGAAAACACAUUGUGUCAUUUUUUAGUGUUUCUUCAAGUGUUUGUCAGUUUACUUCUCCUAUAGGCAGUUUAGUGCACUGGGCUUUUUUAUCAUGCAUUUUUAAAGGGAGUUAAUCUUGUCAUUUUUUUUUCUCCUUGACUAGAUCUUCCUGACUUAUGGUACUUGAAAUAUUGCACUUUUUAAAUUCUUAUAAACAACACCCAUGUAGUCUAGUACCAAUGGGUGAGAUGUUGGGAUUUAUCCCAGUAUGUCCUACUGAUCUAGGACAUGUUUGGAUUUAUCCCAGUAUGUCCUGAUCUAGGUCAUGUUGGGAUUUAUCCCAGUAUGUCCUGCUGAUCUAGGACAUGUUUGCCAUGAAAUGCUGCCCCAGUUCUGUUAGUGUGUCUCUUGUUCAGGUCCCUCUGCCAUAUAUUGUCCACACAAAAAAAAAUGCAUUCUUUCCUCACAAAAUUUCUGUACAUUAUUUUUUUUACAUGAAGGAAAAUAUUCCAUUUAGUUACAGAAGAUGAUGUAACUUGGUCAAUAGCUUUCUUUGUGUGACAAUUACUAUUUGGUGUCAUUUCACUUCAUCAGUGGUGUGGUGUCAUGUCACAUCAUCAAUGGUGUGGUGUCAUGUCACUUCAUCAGUGGUGUGGUGUCAUGUCACAUCAUCAGUGGUGUGGUACUUUAGUAUGUCACAUGAUGACUAGCUAUUGUCAGAUGAAAUAGCAAAUUAAAAUUUAUCAAACAAGUGGCUGCGUCCUGUAGACAUGAGUAGCAAAGGUCCCCAGUGGUUUGAUCUAGUCUAAUGGCUCCAGUAUUAUUGUACACAAUGUGGCCUGCUGUUGGUGUCUGUAGGGCGACCUCCUUAUUUCAAGCUGGCAACCAUUUCCAUCCUGCAGUUAGCAUGUACUCUAAUGAUAAUGGACGCUCUGCGCUACUUCAAGAUUUUUUCAAAUAAUUAGUUCCAUGUAAUUUUUUUUUUUUUUGGUACCACUGUUUUUUAAACUUAGGGUUUUUCAUCUAAUAAAGUUUUGGAAAGAAUA